GAAGCAGAGCCGCACAGCGAAGGGCCGCCGUGGAGCCACCGCCCCCUCGCCGCUUCGCUGGUGUUUGGGGAUCCCGGACCGCGGCGGCGCCGGGUUGCCCUGAUGGUCCCCGCCCGGCGGCGGCGGCAGAGGCGGCGGGAGGAUGACCUCUCCCCGGGAGCGGGGUGCCGACCUGGCCCGUUUCUACACUGUCACCGAGCCCCAGCGACAUCCAAGGGGCUACACGGUGUAUAAGGUCACCGCCCGGGUUGUUUCACGAAGAAAUCCAGAGGAUGUCCAGGAGGGAGAAUCCUGAGCCAGCCUAUCCAUGAACAUACUCUCUGCCAUUUCCUUAAUCCUUUUUUGGGGAAAACUCUUUUAUAAUAACAACUGUUGGUGAACCAUUCAUCAGAAAACUCUUAUAAUCGUAUGGAAGAGAUACAGUGACUUUAAGAAACUACACAAAGAACUAUGGCAAAUUCACAAAAACUUAUUCCGACAUUCAGAAUUGUUUCCUCCAUUUGCUAAAGGAAUAGUAUUUGGACGAUUUGAUGAAACUGUUAUUGAAGAGAGAAGACAGUGUGCUGAAGAUUUGCUACAGUUCUCUGCCAAUAUCCCUGCUCUUUAUAACAGUAAACAACUUGAAGAUUUUUUCAAGGGUGGAAUAAUUAAUGAUGGUUCUGAAUUGAUUGGUCCUGCUGAAGCUUAUUCGGAUUCCCUCGUUGAUAGCUUUCCUGAGUGUAGUACAGAAGGUUUCUCCAGCGACAGUGAUCUGAUAUCUCUUACUGUUGACGUGGAUUCUCUUGCUGAGUUAGAUGAUGGAAUGGCUUCCAAUCAAAAUUCUCCCAUUAGAACUUUUGGUCUCAGUCUGUCUUCGGAUCCUUCAGCACUAGGGGCUGUUGCUUCUGACAGCGAACAGAACAAACCAGAAGAAGAACGGGAAAGUCGCAGCCUCUUUCCUGGCAGUUUAAAAUCCAAGCUUGGCAAGAGAGAUUAUUUGGAGAAAGCAGGAGAAUUAAUAAAGCUGGCUUUAAAAAAGGAAGAAGAAGAUGACUAUGAAGCCGCUUCCAAUUUUUAUAGGAAGGGAGUUGAUUUACUCCUAGAAGGUGUUCAAGGAGAGUCAAGCCCGACCCGUCGAGAAGCUGUGAAGAGAAGAACAGCAGAGUAUCUCAUGCGAGCAGAGAGUCUUUCUAGCCUUUAUGGAAAACCUCAACUUGAGGAUGUAUCUCAGGUUUUACUUGUAAUGGACACAAGGACAGAACAGACAUUCAUUUUAAAAGGUCUAAGGAAAAGCAGUGAAUACAGCAGGAACAGAAAGACCAUCAUCCCCCGCUGUGUGCCCAACAUGGUGUGUCUGCACAAGUACAUCAUUUCUGAGGAGUCCGUAUUUCUUGUGCUGCAGCACGCAGAAGGUGGCAAACUCUGGUCAUAUAUCAGUAAGUUUCUAAACAGAAGCCCUGAAGAAAGCUUUGACAUCGGGGAAGUGAAAAAAUCCACACUUACUAAAGUUCACCUGCAACAGCCAACUUCUAGUUCUCAGGACAGCGGCAGCUUUGAAUCCAGAGGAAGUGAUGGUGGAGCCAUGCUUAAAGUCCUGCCUUUGAAGACUAGUCUUACUCCAAGCUCUCAAGAUGAUAGUAACCAAGACGAAGAAGGCCAAGAUAGCUCUCCCAAAUGGCCAGAUUCUGGCUCAAGUUCAGAAGAAGAAUGUACUACUAGUUAUUUGACAUUAUGCAAUGAAUAUGGGCAAGAAAAGAUUGAACCAGGGUCAUUGAAUGAGGAGCCUUUCCUGAAGAUUGGAGGGAGUGGUGUUGAUACCAGAGUCAUUGGAAGCUUCCCAGCACACCUUGCUGCUGACCGUGACAGCCCCAGCACCCAGCACAUAGCUCAGGAGCUGCAGUUCUUCGCUGGAGAUGAUGAUGUAGAAGCAGUUAGUUCGCCAAGAACGUCAGAUUCCCUUAGUAGAUCGAAAAACAGCCCCAUGGAAUUCUUUAGGAUAGAUAGUAAGGAUAGCACUAGUGAACUGCUAGGCCUUGAUUUUGGAGAAAAAUUGUAUAGUCUAAAGUCAGAGCCUUUGAAACCAUUUUUCACUCUUCCAGAUGGAGACGGCACUUCCAGGAGUUUCAAUGGUAGUGAAAGCAAGGUAGAGUUUAUAGCUCAGGACACCAUUAGCAGGGGCUCAGAUGACUCUGUCCCAGUCAUUUCUUUUAAAGAUGCUGCUUUCGAUGAUGUCAUUGGCACUGAUGAAGGAAGGCCUGAUCUUCUUGUAAAUCUACCGGGUGAACUGGAGCCAACCAAAGAUGGUGCUGCAGUGGGACCUACUAAGUUUACACAGACUAAUAUAGGCAUAAUUGAAAGUAAACUGUUGGAAGCCCCCGAUGUUUUAUGCCUUCGGCUUAGUACUGAACAAUGCCAAUCAAGUGAAGAACAAGGCACAGAGGAAUUGAGUGAUCCCUCUAGACCUAGAUCCCAGAGUAUAGCAGAGAAACACAGCACACGGGGGGAUCUUGGGCUGUUAUUUGUAGCAGCUGCUCAUCAUAGUAGUUCAGGAGACGCGUCUUUGUUACACAGCUCUGAUUCGAAGUUCCAAGUACUUGGAGUGGGGGAGUCGGCAGUAACUGCAAACAACACAGAAGAAAGCUUAUUCCAUAUUUCUAACCCACUCUCAGGUGCUAAUGAAUAUAGUGUAAACACAGACACUUUAAAAACUGAAGAAGUAUUGCUGUUUACAGAUCAAACUGAGGAUUUGCCUAAAGAGGAACUGACUUUAUUUCAGAGACACCCAGAGACUAAGGGAGAGAGUGGAUUAGCACUAGAAGGAGACAAGGAAAUACAUCAGAUUUUUGAGGACCUUGAUAAAAAAUUAGCACUAAACUCCAGGUUUUAUAUCCCCGAGGGCUGCAUUCAAAGAUGGGCAGCUGAAAUGGUGGUAGCCCUUGAUGCUUUACAUAGAGAGGGAAUUGUGUGCCGCGAUUUGAACCCAAACAACAUCUUAUUGAAUGAUAGAGGACACAUUCAGCUAACGUAUUUUAGCAGGUGGAGUGAGGUUGAAGAUUCCUGUGACAGCGAUGCCAUAGAGAGAAUGUACUGUGCCCCAGAGGUUGGAGCAAUCACAGAAGAAACAGAAGCCUGUGAUUGGUGGAGUUUGGGUGCUGUCCUCUUUGAACUUCUCACUGGCAAGACUCUGGUUGAGUGCCAUCCAGCAGGAAUAAAUACUCACACUACUUUGAACAUGCCAGAAUGUGUCUCUGAAGAGGCUCGCUCACUCAUACAACAGCUCUUGCAGUUCAACCCUGUGGAGCGUCUUGGUGCUGGAGUUGCUGGUGUUGAAGAUAUCAAAUCUCAUCCAUUUUUUACCCCUGUGGAUUGGGCAGAACUGAUGAGAUGAGCAUAAGGCAGGGUUAUCAGCGCACAUUCCGACCUUCUCUGUGACAGGCAUCUCCAGCACGGAGGCAGCCCUGCCUCACACUCACCGAUGGAGCACCGAGACAUUGGAAUAAAGACCUUUAGAGGAAAGGGGAAGAAAAAGGCUGAAAGAGAAAAGUUUCUUUACCGUUACUCUCUGGACAAGAUAUUGGCUACAUUUGCAAGGGGCAUUUAUGUGCAAACCUUUAAAUAAGAUGUGAUCUUUAUUUUACCUGCAUUUAGUGUUGCAGAUGAGUUGUAAACCCAACUGAAAGAGGAAUGCCCUUCAAGAACUUCCUCUGAAAGCUCCAAGUGUACAUUUAAGUGUUACUUGAAAGGAGGACCUUUACAUGGCAGCUAAUAGUGCUUUCUGCUAAGCAAGAUUGGUUUAUAUUAUCAUAAUUAAUAUUUGCUGAAUAAUACACUAAAAGUGCUUCAUGAAUAGUGUCAUCUAUGGAGCUUAAAAAUUGAGGAAAAAAUAUAUACAUCAUGUCUGAUAGAAAACAUCUACCACGAUGCUAUAUAAUUAAUGUAUGCUGAAUGUGGUUCCAUAUUAUUUCAUACUUUCAGAAGUCCACUGAGAAGAAAACGCUCACGUUGCCAACCUCGUAUACUUUGUUGGUUGGUACUGCUUAGGAAGGGUUCAUAGAAACACUCACUGUCUCUCUUCAACUUUAUCUUUCUGCUCCCUACACCUGUUGCCUGUUCUCUCAUAUUCUGUUCCCUCUUCCUCCACUCGUACAUAUGCAACAAAAAGGGAAGGGAGUAUUUAUUUCCCGAAUUGUAUCACCUUAAUAAGGACUAAGAAAUCAUGAUUGUAAAAUAAAUGUGAUAAAAAUUGAAA